UGGAAAUACCAGGCGGGGAAUAGGAAAAUAACACCAUGCGAGAAGUCACCCUGCGACAUUUGUUCGCUUUAUGAAUCUUAAAAAACAAUCUGCGGUGCGCAAAAACUUAACACGGCAGCUGAACAUUUCCCGAUUUUUUUGAUAGCAUUAUUUUGAAAAGCCGACAGUUUGUUUGCUGUUUUUCAGGAAAGACAACAACGCGGAUUUGGCCCUCACGCGGGCAUCUUUCAAAGCUAGCUAGCGUGUUAGCCGGGAUGCUGGUUGGCUCUCGGAGAGUCCUCAUGAGUGACUGAAAACCGAAUUGAAAGUUGGUGUUGAAUGUGAACCUCAUCAGACAAAAUGUCUGGUUUUAACUUCGCAUCGGGGACUCUCGGUUCCACCAACACCGGUGGGGGAUUUGCAUUUGGGGCUGCAGCCAGUGCACCUGUGGCCAAUGCUGGCGGCUUCUCGAUGGGAUCUGCUCUGGGUACAGCAGCCACAACCCUGACCGCCGGCACCACCCCAUCUCUUGGUCUCGGAGGCUCUCUCUUUGGUCAGAAACCUCCUGGGUUCUCUUUCAACACCCCUGCUUCAAGCGCCGCUGCACCCACGGCAGGCCUUACAUUAGGUGCCCCAGCUGCCACAGGUGUUGCCACUGGCUUUAGUAUGCCCUUCAACAAGCCCACCGCCUCAGCAACACCCUUCUCCCUCACCACCAGUUCCACCUCCUCAGCAGCCCCUGCAGGUUUAUCAUUUGGCUCAGUCCUGACCGCCACAGCUCCACAGCAGCCUGCAGUAGCCUUUAACCUUGGUCUAGGUAGCACAAUAAUGACCGCAGCAGCAGCCUCAACAGUCCCAUCACUGGGCGGGAGUCUCUUCUCCAAUACUUUGUCUUCAGGUUUGGGUCAGACCACUCUGGGAGGAGGGGGGAUAAUGCUGGGCUCUCUAUUAGCUGCAUCCACAGCAGUAUCGGCAGCUCCUGCCCUAAGUAUCGGCCUGGGUGGAGUUGACUUCAGCAUUUCCUCUGAGAGCAAGAGUGACGCAUCAUCUGGAGCCAAUGCAAAGGACAGUAAAGCUUUAAAAGAUGAGAACCUGCCUCCAGUUAUUUGUCAGGACGUCGAGAAUUUCCAAAAAUUUGUGAAAGAUCAGAAACAAGUUCAGGAGAACAUCAGCAGGAUGUCAUCGAAGGCCAUUUCUAAAGUCCAAGAUGACAUCAAGAGUCUCAAACAGCUUCUCUCGGUCAGUGCCAGCGGUCUGCAGCGCCAAGCUCUUGCCAUCAACAAGUUAAAGCUGGAGACAGCACAGGAGCUGAAAAAUGCUGACAUAGCACUACGUACACAAAAGACUCCUCCUGGACUCCAGCAUGAGAACACUGCUCCAUCAGAUUAUUUCCGUAGCCUGGUAGAGCAGUUUGAGGUGCAGUUGCAGCGGUAUCGGCAGCAGAUAGAGGAACUCGAGAAUCACUUGACAACGCAGAGCGGUGGCUCCCACAUCACACCUCAGGACCUGACUUUGGCCAUGCAGAAGUUGUACCAGACAUUUGUUGCCCAGGCUGCCCAGCUCCAGUCUGUUCAUGAGAAUGUCAAGAUCUUGAAGCACCAGUACCUUUCGUACCGUCGGGCCUUCUUGGAAGACUCAACGGACGUCUUUGAAUCCAAACGGGCGUCGAACAGGAAGUGGCAGAGUACUCCGCGAGUCACCAUUGGACCUGCCCCGUUCUCCAGUGUGCCCAACGCUGCAGCGGUUGCCAUGGCAGCCACGUUGACCCAGCAACAGCAGCCAACUCCAGGGUCCCAGGCACCCAUGGGGGCAGGGUUUGGAAACCCCUUUGCCUCGGCAGUGGGCAGUAGCUUGGGCUCUUCUACCCUUGGAGGUUUUGUUGGUGGGCCAGGAUUUGGUGGGGUGGGGACUGGGGGGUCUUUUGCCUUCUCCACCAGUAAGCCCACAGGAGGCAGUCUGAGUGCAGGUUUUGGCAGCAGCAGCAGCUCAGGCUUUAACUUCAGUAACCCCGGCAUCAACCCCUCGGCUGGCCUGACCUUUGGCGUUUCUAACCAAACCGCCACAGGCUUUGGCACAGCACCCCUUCUCCAGCUGAAGAAACCCCCGGCUGGUAAUAAAAGGGGCAAGAGAUAGAACCGAAAACAACCCUGUGACCGACCAGCUGACUAACGGGUUUGUAGCGGGUAAGGCCUGGUCUCCCAAAAGCAUACAAGGGCUUUAUUAAUCACUCUGCAACAGCUAAAAAUAAAUCGGAGGAAAUCACGAGGACUGGGAUAUAAACCACCAUAAAACAGCAAUACAUUACCACACAUUUAAAUUCACCCAGAGGUGUAUUUAGGGAAUCGUUCUAUUAUACAUUGGACUGUGUUUUCGACAGAUUUGUUCCCAUUUAAUUAGAUUCUAAAUUCCUAAGUCCCUUACCUCAUUGUCCAAGUUCACAUGUUCCUAUUGGAUAAAAAAAAUGUCUUUGUCUUAUCGAUACUAGAGCAAAUCUAAUGAAUGUAGUAGACAGUGGAGUGUAUGGAAAUGCUCUUUGCAUCAUUUUAAAUGAUUCUGCCCAUGUGUGUUGACCAAAAGCUGUCAGCCCUCUGUCCUGAAGCACUGCAAUGCUUUUGGGAAUGCCAGACACGGACAAAGCUCGGUCAAUGACAAAUAGUUUGGUUGCCUGUGAGGCGUUGCUUUUGUCUGAAUAUUGUACAAGACUGAUGUGUUUUUGUGCUUUGGGGUGGACGGUGCAGUUUGGUUCAUUGAGUUACACAAACUGUCGAUGGCUAACUGCACUGGACCGCUUCUCAACGAUGACUUGGCCUAAGCCUCGUCCAGCAAAGGCUGAGGCAACGUCAGGGGAAGGAAGUUUAGUUGGUCUGGAACAGUGAAGUUGCUGCCUACGGUAUCAGUCGGGAGUGGUACCUGAUCCAAGAUAUUCUUCUUCUUUUUUAGCCACAGGGGGUGUCCAGGGUGGGUUUUUGGGGAGGCACAGUUUUAUUUUUAUAUCAAGUGGAGAAAGAGAUGACACAGGGGAGGUGUAAAAGGGCACCAGCACCUGCAGUCCAUUAUCGAGUCCACGUUAACUGUUAUUUUGCUAAAGUCCAUCCGUAUCAUUGUUUCAUAGUUAUUUUUGAGAUGCAUUUAAUUUGCCAGAAUGUCAGAACUUGGGAGAGGAAACGCUGUGCUGUUUGUAUCCCACGACUCCCAGUAAAUGUUAAGUGAGUUGAAUCUGAAAGAGAUUUUACAAGCAAGUUCUAGCUACUCAACGUUUACACGCUAGAAAUACAUUUGCACUCGUCAGUGUAUAUGACCUGGCAGUGAUCGUGUGAAUGUGCAUGUGUUCGUAUUGCACAUGUAUGAAUUUGUCUUUCUGGUCUUUCAUAAUUGCUGACUUCUUUUGAGUGAAGGGAGAUGGUUGGGAUAUACUGCUUCUUUUUUUUCUUUUUCUUUCAAUUGUCUAUUUCUGUUGUGUGACCAAAUACUGGUCGUUGUACUAUUAUUUUCUAAUCAGUCUGUGUAAACCUGUAUUUUCAAGAAGCUGUUUAAUAAUAAAAUCUCCAAUAGGAUGUUUUGCCCAUUUAUGGCAACACUUCAAUAAAUGUGUGUGUUGACACAGAA